AUGGACGUGAAAUUAACAGUGUUCAUAGUGCUCGUCGCCCUGGGCUUGCUCAUCGACUACUCCUCGGCAGACUUCUACAAUCGUCAAACACCUAAACAAGAAGACAUUGGAACGUUGGACCUGAAAUGUGUCCCAGGGCGGACGGUUAUGAAAGUUGAAGAAAAAGUUAUACAAAUUGAUAAAGUGACGAGUGACUCUGAGGAGUUCGUUAAAAGAAGGUUCUCUGAUGCGGAUGCAGAGGAAGGCUGUUCUAUAUGUGUAUGCUCAACCGAUGGUAAAGGCGAAUACUGUAGUAAAAGUUCUACAGGGAGCGUCAAUGAAUGUAUGGUAAUCAGCGCCGCUAUGCAGAAGCGUCAGACAGGGGAACCAUUCGAACUAGAGAAAAAUCUUGCGUACAGAAUUAGGAGAGAUCUAAUUUGGCACAACGACGAGAUCCCCUAUGAUCCUGCAUCGAAGUGCUACCGAGGACACUCAUAUUACACCAACCACGACACUCCAAACGAAACGGACAUAAACUAUCAAGAAGAAGACAUGACGUCACUGCUCGACUAUAAAUCCAAUACCAAUUGCUAUUACUGCGUGUGCUCUGUCAGCGGGGACGAAGCAGGGUGCAUAAGCAGAAGCCUCUGGUUCUGCAACUAUCUCAGAUACUUGAGGUCUGAUAAAGCAUCGAGAGACAUGUACGGCCAUUUGUUUCAACAAGAUCGACCAACUUACUUCAGGCAACUGUCCUGGAGAAUGAGGAGAACCAUGGACAACAGUCUAUUUAACUUAAUUGAACAUGGAGGCGACACGUUGUGCUGCAGCCAUCCUGAUGGCCACCGGAGACAACUACACAACGGGGUACACAACAAACUGCGGACCUUGAAGAGACGAAUCCCGAAGGAGAACCUGCUGGGAGGAGCCAUGAGAGGAGAUUAUGUUGACUUCGUGGUCAAUAAUGAUUAA